CUGCUCGAGGAGCUCGGCGUGGAGAGGGUCGACUUGCUCAAGGUGGACUGCGAGGGCGAUGAGCUCGCCGUGCUGCGCGGCAUUAGUGCGCGCCACUGGGCUGCCAUCAGGCAGGUCGUCGCAGAGGUGCACGACAUCAACGGCCGCCUCGACCGCGUCGUUGCGCUGCUGCGCCGCCACGGCUUUGGAGGCGUC